UAGAGUUUGAAUUACGUCAAAUUCACAUUCUCGCGGGCUAACCUCGAAUAUUUUUUCUUCCAUAUUUGCGUCACUUCACUAAAUUCACUCACACUGUCGUUGAGGGGGACGAGAGCGAAAUGCUGUGCUUCGGUUUUAAAUUUGAGUCUCGUCCGUGCCUUGGAAACCUCCGAAAUGAUCGCGGGACUUUGUGGAAUCAGCAUCUUUUCAGAGGAAAUGUUUAAUUGAAGCUUUCCUGCAGUUCUUUAAAACACUUGAUGUGAAGAUAUGAGGCCAAACUUGUUUUGUCCCUGUCGCUUCUCGCUAUCCUCAGCGUCAUCGCUAUUGUAUGUGUGUAAGGAUGACAGAACUACCCUCUGGACUGUUGGAGGCGUGCGUGGUGGUUGGAGCCUCCAGUGAUAAGCUCAGAGACGUACACCAGCUUCAUCAACAAAAUAAGUUUGUGGAAUUUCCCCUACUGGAUCCAGAGGUGCUCCAGGUCCACAUCCCACCUUUUGUCUCCAAGGAGACCAAUUCCAGUCAUGUGAUUGGUCCCACUUUUAGCCGUGUGCAGCGGCGGCGAAGUUUCAUCAAGAAGAAGAGGCGAGACCACGCUCCAGAGACAACGCGUAACAGGGAAAACCCCAAUCAGUCAGAGGGAUCCUUGACAACGGAGGACAUUAGUGUUCCGAAGGAUCUGGACCUCAUUGCGUUGCCCCAGCUCUGUUUUCCGGGUGGUCUUCAGAUAGCCAGUGAGCAGAGAGAAGAUGCUUAUCACUCUUUGGUUUUUACCGACUUGUUUGGAAACCGAACUCAUGGUGUUGUAGCGCAGUACUACAGAUCUGUGCAGUCCUGUCACGAAGCUGGCAUCCAGAACGGCCAUCGUUGGAUUUCAUCAAAACAUCGACUUUUCACGCCCUUCGCCGUGUGCAUUAUCUCCAAGUUCCCCUACUACAACGCCUUGAAGGACUGCUUGUCGUGUUUGCUGGUCCAGUUGCGGCCCGCGAGGCAGGCCGACUUUGCGGAAGCCAUGAAGGAGUUUUCCGCCAAGUUGUCCCUCGUCCCUUUACCUCCUCCCGGACAACUACACGUGUCCUUUCACCUCCGUCCCCUGCAAGUGGUUCUUCCAUCAAGGGAGGACCACGACGGCCCCAUUGUGGACGUGGACUUGCACCUGCCCUUACUGUGUUUCUCGUAUACAACGCUCCUUCAGAUUUUGUCAUACCUUCUCCAAGAACAACGGCUAGUCUUCUUCUCGUCCGACUGGGCCAAACUCACUCUGGUCGCAGAGUGCCUGCUGCUCUAUCUAAAGCCCCUCACCUGGCAGCACCCCUACGUUCCUGUCCUCUCUCGAGGAAUGCUGGACUUCCUAAUGGCGCCCACAGCCUUCCUAAUGGGCUGCCAUAUUAGCCAUUUUGAAGAAGUGGCUGCAGAGACAGAAGAUCUCAUCCUGGUAAAUAUUGACGAUGGCAUUAUUCAGUCUUCGUGGGCAGAAGUCAUCGACUUAGCCACCAUUCCUCUGACUGCAGCUGAGUGCUUUAUUUCUAGAGCUGAGUCACUGCAACUUCACUAUGACUUGGAGCUGUGUCACCUGGGAUCGGCCACCGACGCCAAUGCCCUGCGAGCUCAGCGGCGAGACUGGCAGAGACGACUCAACAAGCAGAUACAAAACAUCUGCCUGGAAUUGCUGGUCAAUAUUUUCAGAGGCGUCCAAGACUUUCUUAACCAUGAGCACCGAGUUUUUAACAGUGAGGAGUUUUUAAGGACCAGGGAGCCAGCAGACCAGCCCUUUUACAAGAAGGUAUUAGACACUCACAUCUUUCACUCAUUCCUGCGAGACAGGCUCAACAGGAAACAGGACAGCUUUAGCCGCAUGGAGCUGAACACACGCAACCUAGCGCACAGGAAUCGCGGCGUGACCGAAUCGCCCCGGCGUCCACCCAUGUCCGAGCUGUCCCGGAACGGCUACAACAGCUACACCAGCCCAGACAACCGACUGAGCAAGCGCCUCGGAGCCAGCAUGCCCAACCUGGACCGCUCACUCCAUGAAAAUCUCACCGGCAUCAGUCGAGUGAGGCCGGCCUCUCUACGGAAAAUGACCCCUGACAUUGGAUUGAAGUUUCCUCAGAAGGCUGUCAAGGUUUUCCGCCUCCCUGAGUUCCCCCCUCCUUUGUCAUAUCAUUACGUUCAGAACUAUUAUUCAGAAAUGGUUGCAAGCCUAGGCAAACUUAUCAGUGCUACUCCUCCUGAUGAAUCAGACCUGCUGGCGAGGUAUCACUACCUACGUGGUUUGGUCAACACUGUGUCAAAUAGACGCCUAGACGCUUUGGAGGACUUCCAGAGUCUUUAUAAGACCGACUCCGACAUCUUUCCUUUGCAGAUGGUUAAAUCUCUGGUGGACUCCUUGUCAGAAGCUGACCGUUUACAGGCUGAUAGGCGGCCAGAACUGAAGCGUCUCAUCACCCGCCUCAAGCGGGACCGGGAGCGCGAGUCGCACGACAACAGGCAGGAGGAAGGCGCCGUAAAACGCUUCCAGCUGCCGAAGAAAUUCAUGCAGUUGGAGGAAUUUGUGAAGUGUGUCCAGGAAUCCGGGAUGGUGAAAGACCAGGGGACAAUAAAUCGGCUUUUUGACGCAUUGACUGUUGGUCAUCAGAAGCAGGUUGGACCGGAGUUGUUUCAUGAUUUCUACACUAUCUGGAAAGAGACCGAGGCUGAGGCACAAGAGGUCCGCUUGCCUGCGUCUGUGUUGGAGCACAUUGAACCCAGCGAGUGCGUCUUUAAGCUGUCCUCGUCGGUCAAGACGAGCCGCGGCGUAGGCAAGAUUGCAAUGACCCAGCGGCGGCUUUUUCUGCUGACGGAGGGGCGGCCGGGCUACGUGGAGGUGGCGCAGUACCGAGAUUUAGAGGAAGUGAAAGUGUCCUCGGCUCCUUUCCUGCUCCUGCGCAUUCCAAGCUUGAAGUUGCGGGUGCGGGGUAGAAAGGAGGCCUUCGAGGCUAAUUUAAAGACGGAGACAGAACUCUGGAAUCUGAUGGUGAAAGAGAUGUGGGCUGGACGCGACAUGGCCGACCAACACAAGGACCCUCAGUACAUGCAGCAGGCCUUGACCAACGCUUUACUGAUGGACGCGGUGGUGGGCAGCCUUCAGAGCAGCAAGGCCAUAUAUGCCGCUUCUAAGCUGGCUCACUUUGACCGCAUCAAGAUGGAAGUGCCAAUGAUGGUUCCCAGGACAACUGCAGAGACGCUGAAGCACAAAAUUAACCCUUCCCUGGAACUCGCCGCGCCUCGUGCCGUAGACGUUCUUCUCUACACCCCAGGUCAGUUGUGGGUGUCGGUAAGCGGAGGCAAGGUGAUGGUGUUUGAUGCCUCCAGCUGGUCACUGACGCAGACUUGUCAAGUCGGGAAUGCAAAACUGAACUGCAUGCUGGAAGUAGACAAAGACCAAGUGUGGAUGGGUUCAGAGGAUUCUGUCAUCUACAUCAUCAGCAUGGUGGCCAUGGUCUGCAACAGGCAGCUGACCGAUCAUCGGUCGGAGGUCACCGGACUCGCGCUCGACACUGACAAAUACAGUCAGAAGGUGGCGUACUCUUGCAGCGCAGAGGGAACCGUCAUGGCGUGGGACGUGUCCACAUUGCAGGUGAAGAAGAACUUUCGCCUCUCCUGUGACUGGCUGCACUCGGUGCACAGUUUCAACACAACACUGUGGUGCUGUUCCAGGGACAGCAUCAUGGAAGUGUGGAGGAACGGCUCUUUAAAGCAUCGUAUGCACCUGCCCGAGCAACACAAAGGCUCUGCGGCCACAUUCAGCUCUGCUCUCUUGUUACAUGAGAGGGAGGAGGUGUGGAGCAUAUGCGCCGAUUCCGGAGACGUAUGCAUUUGGCACACGAAAGACACGACGAAGCCCUACCACCGCGUGGCGCUACAGGACUGCACCGGAUGUCACUGCAUGAUUAAAGUGAAAAACCAGGUGUGGAUCGGCGGAGUGGGCCGCGCCUCCACCAAAGGGAAGGUCUACAUCCUGGACGUGCACCGCCGCCAGGUACUCAAGGAACUCCACGGCCACAGCGACAAGGUGACGGCGCUGUGCUCGGCCGAGGACCGCUACGUCCUGAGCGGCGCCGCCCAGCACGACGGGAAGAUCGCCAUCUGGAAGGUGGAGUAGGUGGCGUCAUUUUCAACUGCGGCGCACGCCUGUGGAGGAAAAUGGAGACUUUAUACAGGAAAGCAGUUUCACCUUCCACCCUCAGUAUUGACCAAAGUAUUCUAUUUUUUUGCUUUUGUAAGCCAGCCUGGCCUCCAGCUGUGAAUUCACUUUAUUGAAACGUUUUAUUUUGCUAGGGAGUUUUGCUUUAGUGGGACCUCUUUGGGAAAGUGGCCAUAAAGACGUUAAGAGACACUAUUUUAACCCGUCCGCCGACCCAGUCGUGAGCUUACACAAGUUAUUUACCAGUAAUUACGUACUAAUUUCACUUUAGCUGCUUUGACGCGGAAUACAGGGAUGAACUCGACCCACGUCAAAGUGGACCUUUUUCUGAGGGACACUCACACUGAGUUUGGAGACCGCGUCGACGCGACAAUUUUACGGCUUUGGAGGUAACAUCACAGUUGCAACAGACGUUUCAGGGUUUUUUUCUUACUUCUCCCCCAUUGUUAUUGUGUAUAAACAAAAUCCAUUUUCUACCUUAGGAAGUUGGUAGUACCAGAGCUGCAACAAACAAGCAUUUUUACGCCUUGCUGUUUUUCUUUUAAUGGCGCCGAGCACGGAAUGACUGGGAAGGAAUUGACUCAGAUGGAUACAUGGUGGGUUUUAUCUUCCGCUUCAAUGUAACCUUUUGAGGGGAUCACGCUGUGAAAUUGCCCUCCUUGCUUUCACACGUUUUUGAUUUCUGUCAUAUCGGUAUUUAUACAUUGUAUUAAUUUCAAUCUAAUGGCACUUUUUCAAAGGAAGACUUUUAACAACUUUGUACUGUAUUUUUUUUUUAAAUGUGGUGUUUUGUACCCAACACUUGAGAUUUUUCACAGUAAACACAAAGUACAAAAGUCAAUCCUUUUUUAAACUUGUAUUUAUUGUUUGUCCAUCAAAGUUAUUUCCCGAUUUCUACCAAACGAGGGCGCUGUUUGUGCCUGUAAGCGGUAAUAAAAAUGUAACUCACUCCCUACUGGACGAAAACAUUGGAAUCUGGCCAUGGAGGUUUUUUUUUUGUGUGUUUACUGUUCUCUUAUUAGUUCAUGUGAAGUACAUUACAUGUAAAGUGGCGUUAUUAUUUAUUUGUAUACAAAUACUGUAGCUUGGUCUCUGGAGUGCUGGCCCAUCCAUCAAAUGUGAAAUUUAAUUACCAAGUACGUAAAACAUUUUUUUUUAUUCUUCCUCAUUCCCAAGAUGUGAGUUCUCGUGACAAUAUGAGAAAUUAAUAUAAUACUGACCCCCUAUGACUUUCUUCAACCAUAAUUUGGCAGCUAGCCGAGGUGAAGUAUUGCCAAUUUCGACCAACUGCUUGACGACACUGUCUAAAACACUAUCGCGCCAAAGCCAAAAGGUAAGCAGAGCUGCGUUGACAAGUGUAUGAAGUGCUGCCUCCUUGAAUAAAAAGGCGUUAAUUGUUUGUA